AUGACCGGACCCAUGACCGGACCCAUGACCGGACCCAUGACCGGACCCAUGACCGGACCCAUGACCGGACCCAUGACCGGACCCAUGACCGGACCCAUGACCGGACCCAUGACCGGACCCAUGACCGGACCCAUGACCGGACCCAUGACCGGACCCAUGACCGGACCCAUGACCGGACCCAUGACCGGACCCAUGACCGGACCCAUGACCGGACCCAUGACCGGACCCAUGACCGGACCCAUGACCGGACCCAUGACCGGACCCAUGACCGGACCCAUGACCGGACCCAUGACCGGACCCAUGACCGGACCCAUGACCGGACCCAUGACCGGACCCAUGACCGGACCCAUGACCGGACCCAUGACCGGACCCAUGACCGGACCCAUGACCGGACCCAUGACCGGACCCAUGACCGGACCCAUGACCGGACCCAUGACCGGACCCAUGACCGGACCCAUGACCGGACCCAUGACCGGACCCAUGACCGGACCCAGGACCGGACCCAGGACCGGACCCAGGACCGGACCCAGGACCGGACCCAGGACCGGACCCAGGACCGGACCCAGGACCGGACCCAGGACCGGACCCAGGACCGGACCCAGGACCGGACCCAGGACCGGACCCAGGACCGGACCCAGGACCGGACCCAGGACCGGACCCAGGACCGGACCCAGGACCGGACCCAGGACCGGACCCAGGACCGGACCCAGGACCGGACCCAGGACCGGACCCAGGACCGGACCCAGGACCGGACUACACACUGUAAAAACACAAAACUAUAAUGCGCCUUAUGGAAACCAGUGA